AUGAUUGCGUUACAAAAUCGGCCUAUAUUGCCUCCUGCCAAAGUGGAUAUCUCACUACUACUCAAGCCCCAAGAUGAGGAAGAAGCCCCCAGCUCCGGAUCCGUCGGGCCACCUCUGGGCUCCAUGGGCAUGAUGAUGCCAGGCCCCGCCGCCAUGGCCGCCAUGACCAUGCCACCACUGUCCAAGGCCGGCUCCACGGGUGCCCCCAAGCGUCUCCAACCGUCACAUACCUCCGAAUCACCCGCCAAGAAGCAAUCCAAGUGGUCCCCAGAUGAGGAUUCUCUGAUCAUCGAACUACGCGGGAGUGGGAUGAAGUGGGAGGAUAUCAGCAAACGACUCCCAGGACGCAGUGCCAUCAGUUGUCGCCUUCAUUAUCAGAACUACCUGGAACGUCGAAGUGAAUGGGAUGAGGAUAAGAAGAACAAACUCGCCCGGUUAUACGAAAGAUUCAAAGCCGAAAUGUGGUCCAAAGUAGCGGAAGAAAUGGCCAUUCCAUGGCGUGCAGCAGAGGCCAUGCACUGGCAGCUGGGAGAGCAAGAGAUGGCCCGCCGUGCGGGCGUCGUCCCCUUCUCCCUCUCCAGUGCGGCCAUCGAUCCCCCGACCACCACCAGAACCCGUCGUGCCAGCACCUCUCUCUCCCGGCCGAGAAAAGGGUCUCAUUCACGCGCAAUCCCGGGUCACAUCCCAGGCUACCCACCGCAGCUUCCCUCUCUGGAAGAGCUCACUGCAGGGGUGCCCGCAUACGCACCCCCUCCCCCGAGGGACUUUUAUGGACGACCCGACAUGGGCAUUCCCCCACCGGGUCUCAUGGGACCUCACUUGGGCAUGCCCCCGCGGACUAUGCCUUGA